AUGACCUUUUGGCGAAAGAAUGACUUCCGGCAUAAAGCUGUAACUAAAGAAGAAUGCUUAGCAGCCGAAAAAUUUUUACAGCAAGAGGAUGCUAUAAUGGAUGAAGAUGUCUGUAAGCAUAUACAAAAUUUUGUUGCUUAUAAGACUUUUAUAGAAAGGAAUAAUCGGGAACCUACUGAGAUGACCUCUACAGAGUGUCUUGAGGAAAUUGACAUUCCCAACCACAAAUUACUGAUUGAAUGCUUCAACAUGCUAAUUAAAAAUUAUCAAGGAUAUGCCUCUAUGUGUGAGAUUGUAUCUGCUUGGAUUUGUAAUUUGGAUGAAAUCCCUGACUACAGUAGCAAUGAAGAUACUUCUCUAUAUAGACAGAAGAUGGCUAACAACUCCCUUCAUAUUAAAAAAUUGAAACCAACAAAAUCAAGAUCAACUGCUCAAAGUUUAAUAUACAAUAAUAUGAUAGAAUCAAUGGCUUUGCUAAUUGAAAGAUAUUUUGAUACUGAAGCUCUACGAAGAUAUAUGGACGAAAAUCGUGAACUACUGGGGCAGGGAGGGUGGCAGCCUCCUCCUUGUUAUUGGAGCCUAAUGAAACAUCCUGCAACAGUAAAUGCUAUUCAGAAGCUGUUUACAAGGAAUCGUAAAUCUGAAUUUCUGCUUGCAUUUUUGCAGGACUUGCAGAAUUUUUCAAAGAUAAAUCCUAGUAUUGAUUGUAUGCCAAAAAACAUGGGUUUUUCUUCUACCAGUAACUUCAGUGUCUUUACUAGAAAUGUGACUGAGCUUUUAGCUGAUUUUUUACUGACAGAUGAGACUGUAGAAGCUGCGUUACAAGGGGUUCAAUCUUUACCAUUAAGUGGAGGAAUAAACAAUCCUUUGUUACAUAAAGUUGAGAAAUAUGAAAAGAGGGGUAAAACAACUCCUAACACAUUGCAAAAUAUAUGCUCAGUAUUUAGCCAAUCAGAAAAUGCGUACUUUUAUGCUCAGGCCUUACUACAUUACAUGAUAAUUUGGCGAGGAGAUUAUUCUGGUUGCAGAAGAUUGAGUCAGAUGCUUUAUCACUAUGUACGUGUAACACUUCAAGAGCCCCGAGUUGCCCAAUUGAAUCUUCUAUUUACAAAUAUUACUCAUUUCCCUGAGCUUUAUAAAUUAUGCAAGUCUAUUUUUAGAAUGGACCCCUCUGUACAUGACAAAGAUUUUGUUGUAGAGAGUUUAGGAGGUUUUGAAUUUGCUACCAAGUUUAUAAUGAACCCUAGUCAAAUUUGUACUUUACAUGAUAUUUUAAAGAAUAUAGUAGAAAGGUUUGAAGCUCUGCAAGUUUUGUUACAUGAAAGAAUACCUACUAAAGUUCAAUCAAAUUCUAAUUUUGGCGAUAAGAUACAAAAUAAUUCUACCGAUGAAUUGGCAGAUGUAGAUGAUUCCAGUGAAAUUCUUUAUGAUAGUUCAAGUGAGAAUGAGAACUCAACUUGUAGUGAAUCUAGUACAAAUGAGUGGGCAUCUUUGGGAUCUUUGCAAUUUUCUCUUAAAGAUCUUGAAAUGAAUGUUUUACAGGGUCAACUUUCUCCUGUAGCUCAUUUACGUUUUAGUGACCAGGAAUUAAGUAAUUCUGAGAACAGCCAAGAAAUUAAAAAUGAAAAUCUUAUGGAUAAAGAGGUAACCAACAACUCCAAGUCCAAAGAUUAUAAUUUCAAUUCUAAAAGAUAUAAGCCUGUUAUAAAUAAUAUAGAGGAUACAACAAAUAAAGGGGUUAAUGAAAGCAAAUUUCAUGAUGAAACAAUUUUUGAUAUGCCCUCAGUUAGUAGGAUGGGUGAUAUCCCUGGAAGUGAUAAUAUUCAAAGACUUAAGAUCGGACCUGAGCGACCCCCUAUGGAUGCUUUGAGAGAAAGUGCAUUGUUAGAUACAUUGAUUGACAUUUUGGUUGACACUAGAAUAUGGUUAACCCCUGAAGAGCAAAGUAAAACAAUUGAUUUGUUGUUAAUAUUGUCUGUAUAUUCACCAUACGAACUUCUUUUAUUUUUAGAAGAACAAAAAGAAUGGGACAAUAUUAAAUAUGAUAAUGAAUACAACGUAGACUAUAACCAAGAUAUCUGGAGUAACUCUGAGGAUGAAAUGAAUGAAGCAUUAGAAACUGGUCAAAGGGGGGAGAGUUUAUCUGAUUUUGUUUCCUCAGGUUCCUCCUCAAUAACAUCCAAUAUUAUAGUGAAAUCUGAAGACAAACUUAAUAAUACAGUUGAAAUCUCUUCAUGGGUAAAGUGCAAGAGAAAGCGUAUAAAUUGCAUCUCAGCACCUUCUUCUCCUAAAACUUUGUCAAGUGGUUCUUCUUUCUUAUCUAAUAAUAUUAAGAUCUCAGAGUCCAGUGUUGGGUGUAAGAGUACAAUUGACUCUUGUAUUUACCGAAAUGUUCAUAGUCAGAAAAUCCUAGGUUCUUUAAAAGGUAUGUCUGAAAGUAAAGUUCAGAAAAUGAAAGAACAAUUUCGUAGGCUGCGUGAAUUAUGUGAUCGCUUCAAGAACCAAGCUAGAAAGGAACUCUUUAGAAUAUAUAUGGUAAUACACGACAAUCUUAUUAAAGAAAACUUAAAAUGGGCAUAUUUUGAUCAAUUGAUAAAAACUCCUAUAGGAGCCAGUGUAGUCCUACGUUAUAUCGAGGUAUUUUUACUUUCAAUGGAAUCCAAAUCUAGCCCUUUGGUAAGAUUAUCUUCGAGCAUUGUUGCACUAUUGAAACACAUUACACAGUGGCAUCCUAAAAAGAGAAUUUGUGUAUUUCAUCUUUUACGACUAUGCUUGGAAAAUGACCUUUUAGAAACAAAUGGUGGCAACAACAGGAGUGGAGGUACUGGUCCAGAAAACACAGCAUCCACAAAAUCCGAAAAAAGACGAUGGAUUAUUGACUUUUAUGUAUAUCUUGUUGGAGGAGGUCUUUUCGGAGCUGUUUUUGCAUAUAUGGGACAGGCAGGUGUAAGGUAUUUAGACAAAUCGCUAAUUAGGGAUUUUACCAUUAAAUUGGCAGAAUACUGUGGUCCUCCAUAUAGUGGUGAAUUUUCGAUUGCAUUUAUGGGAUACUUGGUCAGUGCACAUAAUAUUGGAGCUUUAGAUUUAUCUGCAUUUUAUGACGGUACAUUAUCCAAGACUAAUCCAAAAGUGAAAGUAGCUUUGUGUGAAAUAGUUGCAGUUGUUGAACACAUUGAAAGAAAUAACAGUGUACAUCAAAAUAUCCCGAACACUUCAUGUCAAACAUCUAGAAUAAAUGAACCACUUAGACCUGCGAGACUUGAUCCUCAAAUUGUGAUUGAUCAAUACAACUUCCUUAAACAGUUUGUUGGAAAAAGUAUAAAACAGCAGACUUUUAGAGGUAAAGGACUUGGAAAGGCUUGGUACCAAACUAUUUGA